CCUCGCAGCUUCCCGUGCAGCAUCUCUUGGAUGGCUACCAGUGCGGCCACGAAGAUGACCACCUGUCUUACGGGGAAACGGGAAUGCCGGUCCCUCCUUUCGGCUGCACCUUCUCUGCAGCCCCAAAUUUGGAGCAUGUACUGGCAGUUGCAAAUGAAGAUGGAUUUGUUAGACUGUAUGAUACUGAAGCUCAAACUACCAGCAAACUCAUCUUUAAGGAAUGGCAGGCUCACUCCAAUGCUGUAUUUGACCUUGCCUGGGUACCAGGGGAACACAGGAUUGUCACUGCUUCAGGAGAUCAGACAGCCAAGGUGUGGGAUGUGAGAGCCGGGGAGCUUCUUGGCAUCUGCAAAGGUCACCAGUGUAGCCUCAAGUCAGUUGCUUUUUCUAGAUUUGAGAAAGCGGUCUUCUGUACUGGAGGCAGAGAUGGAAACAUCAUGGUUUGGGAUACCAGAUGCAAUAAGAAAGAUGGAUUUUAUAGGCAGGUGAAUCAAAUCAGUGGAGCACACAAUGUGGUUGACAAGCAAACUCCUUCCAAACCGAAGAAGAAAAGACAGAACUUAAGAGGACUUGCUCCCCUGGUGGAUUUCCAGCAGAGUGUAACUGCGGUGCUGCUUCAGGACGAGCAUACUCUUAUCUCUGCAGGAGCUGUUGAUGGUGUGAUCAAAGUAUGGGACUUGCGGAAGAACUAUGCAGCCUACCGUCAGGACCCGGUGCCUUUCAAGUCUUUUUGCUACCCUGGGACCAGUACUCGCAAACUUGGAUAUUCUAGCCUAGUUUUGGAUUCCACUGGUGCUAAUCUGUUUGCUAACUGCACUGAUGACAGUAUCUACAUGUUCAAUAUGACGAGUUUAAGGACCAUUCCAGUGGCAGUUUUCAGCGGGCACCAGAAUUCAACCUUUUACAUCAAAUCCAGCACAAGCCCAGACGACCAGUUCCUGGUCAGCGGCUCGAGUGACUGCAACGCAUACAUCUGGAAGGUUUCUGAGCCCAGCCUUCCUCCACGGAUACUCCUUGGUCACUCUCAAGAAGUCACCUCCAUUGCUUGGUGUCCUUCAGACUUCACUAAGAUUGCCACGUGCUCUGAUGACAACACUGUGAGGAUUUGGCGCUUACGAUGUCGGCCUGAGGAGGAGAAAUCAGCAUUCAGCAAAAUCAGCUUGGUGGGCUGGGUCACUCAGAAGAAACCAGAACAACGUGGAGCAGGACUGCCAUCCAGCCCACAGAAUACUCCUGCCAAGGCCUUCACAGUGGGCAGCCCAUGCAUUUCCUCGCCACGGCCAGCUGCCUGUGCUCCCAUUUAUUCUGGAGACCUUCCGCUGUCUACAAACACUCCAACAGGCGCUCUCAAAACCCAGAUGGCCGCAGCCUGCACCCCAGCCAAGCAGAGUGGAGCCAGCCCAUGCACUUCUCCCAAACUGAUCCCUUCCUCUAAAAUGUCCAUUAAACAUUGGGUUACAAGGACUCCAUGCUCUUCUCCUACAGAGGUGGGGAAAAAGGCUCCUUCUCCUAGAAAAGCCCUGGCAGAAGUCACCCAAGGUCUCCUGGAAGCUGCUUGUCCUCCUAAGGCCCCACACUCGCAGUUUGAAAAGCGUGCCAAGAGAAGGCUUGACUGCAGCAAGGAAGACAAUGCGGGGCAGAAGUGUCUGCAGGCCUGUAGCUGCGUGACUGAACUGGACCAUGCGGCUAAGAAAUCCAAGCUGAAUUUAUGUCACUUGGCUGCAGACCAAAAAGCUUGUGAUGAAGGCUCUCUCAGCCUGGCUGACUUGGAUAACGACCAUGAGGGCUCCAGCCGCAACCCAGAAGAACCUUCCUUUCCUGGAAGCCAUAUUAAUCCAUCAGGCAUUCAAACUCCCCCCCAUCUUUUCAGAUCUCCGUGCAGGAAAGACACUGAGGUAGUAGAUAAGGAGAAUAGUUCACCUGAAAGAAAAAAUUGGUUGUCUGCUCUGGGAGAGAAGCUCCGGACUGGCAGAGCUGGCAGCCAGAGCGCGUCAAACAGCCCCCCAUCAUCUUGCAGUCCCGGUGCCAAACGACAAGAGACUGUGGCAGCAGCCACUUCACCGAAAACUGCUGCAACCACUUCAGUUUCCAUGAGGAAGAUCUGCACAUACUUCCACAGAAAGCCACAGAAUGACUGA